AUGGUUAGUAAUUUCCAGGAUUUUGAUCAGAUGCUUGUUCUUAAUCUAUUUUUGACUUUUGUUCACUCCAAAAUGCAGCAUACACCUGCCAUUGACAUCUGGAGCAUUGGGUUCAUUUUUGCUGAGGUGCUGACUGGAAAGCCUUUGUUUCCUGGUAAAAAUGCUGUCCAUCAGUUAGACUUAGGGACUGAUCUUCUAGGCACACCUUCAAUGUAUACAAUUUCUCGGGUACGGUACUAA